UCCGCGUAGGCUCUGCCGGAGUCAGAUACUGUUAGCGAGGCUCACCAACCAGCGAAUCCUGCAACGGAUAUGAAAAAAGUUGCGGAUGCUUGAAAAGGGGAUGAGGUUGAGGUGUCUCCCCCUACUUUUGUACUGACAUUUUGUAAUAUGUCGGUCAAUGAAGAAAAAGAUGAAGAAUGUCCGGAUGAACAAACUAUGCCUAGAGAAAUUCGAGAUGAGUUUGUUUAUGUAAUCCAGAUGUCUUUGAGUGGCAUAUAUAGACAAGUAAGUGAUCUAAGUAAAUAUGCUGAAAACAUAUUGGGAGAACUAUCCAAAAAAAUGGACAUGGUUGCUUUCAAACUUAAAAGUCUGCAAGAAAACGUAAUCCAGUUAACUGAUGUUAUUACUCACAAGGCUCCAAAAGAAGAUUUGUCCUUGCUAGUUAGAAAGUCUAGAAAUACUUUUCAAGGUACAAUGGCUCAAAUACAGCAGAUACCCUCGUCCGAGUCACCACCUGUGAAAAUGUGUGAAGUACACCAUGCUUCUGUACAGACAGCACAUCUCACUAUGCCUGCUCCUUAUAGCCAAGACAUUAUGGAAGAUUUAAAGAUUUCUUCUGAUGCUUCAUUCAGCUCCCGUCCAUCUUUCUCUGAACUGUGUAAAGAAAAAAUGGUACCUGAAAGUAAACCAAAGAGAGGAAAAUUCAAGCAAAAGAAAAAGCACUUAGAUCAUCUCAAUAAACCACAAAAUGUGUGUCAAAGUCAACUGAUGGAAGAUAAUACUUCAAUGGGCCCAAACCCAGCUGUUUGUGGUGAGACAUCUCAUUCAACUAUGGAUCAAAGUCCCCUUUCUACUUUCCCAUUUAGUAAAAUCAGAACACUUCUAUCAACAGCUGUAGGAAAAGUGUUAUCCAAUCCUGCAAAUCUCUCUAUGCAUGGAGCUGGGGAUGUGAAAACUUCACCUGCCUACAUCAGUUAUGGAACUGGUAUUGGAGAAGAUUUGCAACCCCAACCUCGAAAUCAUCUUAAAGCAGAGGUUUUUGUGAGCCCAACAGCACCACCCUCACCACCUCCAUUACCACCUAAUUGGUUAACUAUGUUAAGAGCUUCAAAGAGGGCAAGUCUUCCGCCAAUUACACAUUCCCAAAUUCAGCUUCCAACACCUGUUUUGAGAACUACAACUGCAAUAUCACUUCCUAAUUGCCUGCAGAUUACUCCUGAUUCAAGUCUUCCAUUUAUAUCAACAAAAGAAUUCUCCACUUCAGUUCCCAAAUUUCUUCAAUAUGGUGAACAGACACCAGAUGGUCUACUUCCACAUUAUGAAGAUCAGGGGAUACCUACAUCUCUACCUUUUUAUCCGAUAAUUUCACCUAGUAAUCAGUCAGGGGCUACAAUUACAGAUCCAGCUGACCCUGCUCUGGUCGUACAAUCAUCAGGGUCUUCAAUUUUUCAAUCUGUGAAGUCUUCUUUUGCACAAUCACCAAGAACAUUAGUUGAAAAAUCACCAGGAUCUUCAAUUCCAUCAAAACCAAGAUCUUCACUUCUACCACCACCAAAUAAUUUGGUUCCACCAACAUCAAGAUCUUCAAUUUCACCAUUACCAAGAUAUUCAACUACUAUGUCAGACCAUUCAAUUUCAGUAUCAGUAUCUUCGAGUCCACAAACACUAGUAACUUUGAAUUCAUUAUGGGAAAAUUCAUUUACCCACUCACCAAAACCUUUAUUUACUCCAUUGGCAAAAUGUUUAGCUUCACUGUCAUCAAGCUCUCCAGUUGCAAAAUCAACAAGAUAUUUGACACCAUCACAAUCAGGAUCCUCAAGUGUGAAAUCAACAAAAUCUUCCACUCCACAAUCAUCAUUGUCAUUUGUGCAAUCACGACUUUCCAUUUCUAGCCCCAGGGCUCUAUCAGUUCCACAGUCUUCAAUAGCUCCUGUUUAUCCUGUUAUGAGACCCUCUUCUCCACCACCACUACCAAAAAUUAGCAAAUCAAGGAAGACCUUAAUGGAAGAAAUCAGAAAAGGUGUUGUGCUACACAAAACAAAAGGUUACUGUUCAUCAAAAGCCAAAAAGAAUCCCAGCAUUGAAGCAAGUACCAUCUUAUCCCGGCGUAAAGCUAUGGGAUAUAGUUCAGGUAAAUCAGAUAGUGAGGUGGAUGGAGUGGAUGAAAAGUAA